AUGUAUCCCACCGCUGACGACGCAGUACUGGAAAAGGGUCGUCUCGAGAGACAGAAGUCAAGGCCCAAGUUGCCGUCCCUGAGAUCAGUCUCGAACACAUUUCGACCGUCCCUGACAUGGAUGGGACGUCAAGCCAGUAACGCCGGCAACGCAAUUGCCCCUGCCGGCAAACUGCACAAGACAGCGUAUCUCGAUGGUCUGCGAGGCUUCGCGGCCUUGAUGGUCUACUGUCUACAUCACCAAGUUUGGGGCCAUGCAGGCAUCGGCGGCGAAUUCAUCCUCGAGAACGUCUACGGCUGGGAAGGACAAUACUACUUCAUAUGUCUGCCUGGAAUUCGACUUUUCUUCUCGGGAGGGCAUUUCGCGGUCGCCAUUUUCUUUGUCAUCUCGGGCUACGUCCUCUCAGCGAAACCGCUCUCUCUCAUUCAGUCCGGCGAUACAGUGAAGCUCGCCCAGAACCUCAGUUCAGCGCUGGCCAGACGAUGGGUCCGUCUUUUCGUGCCCGUCUUCGUGACCUCCUUCAUUUGGAUGACCUCAUGGCACGUCUUGGGCAUCUACUCGAGCGAGCCAAUUGCUCCUAAGCCGGAGAAGAACUGGGCGGACGAGCUCUGGAUGUGGUAUUGUGCCGUCAAGAACUUUAGCUUCUUCUUUCAAGGCGAGCCGUGGCUCGUAUACAACGACCACACCUGGUCUAUUCCAAUGGAGUUCCGAGGCUCGAUCGUUGUCUAUACUUCGCUGCUGGCCUUUGCGCACAGUAGCAGACGUUACCGCCUCUGGUGCGAAGCGGGUCUGGUCCUCUACUUCAUCUAUAUCGUCGACGGGUGGUUUUGCGGCCUGUUCGCCAUGGGAAUGCUGCUCUGCGACCUCGACUUGUUGGCCCAGAAGAACCAGCUACCGAGGUUUUUCUACAAUCUCCAACCAGCGAAGCAGUACAUUUUCUACACGCUCUUCCUUGUGAGUCUGUACCUGGGUGGCGUCCCGUCCAUCACAAAUGACUUGCAACAUCUUCGAGAUUCGCCAGGGUGGUAUUACCUCUCCUUCUUGAAGCCCCAAGCCUUCUGGGAUUUCCGCUGGUUUUACCGUUUUUGGGCGGCGACUUUCCUGGUAGCCUCUCUACCGCACAUUUCCUGGCUAAAGGCCAUCUUCGAGACCCGAAUCUGCCAAUACUUGGGAAAGGUGUCCUUUGGCUUUUACCUUGUCCAUGGCCCUGUGCUGUGGUCUCUGGGAGACAGAGUCUAUGCCAUGACCGGCAGAGUCCGCGAUGCUCAUUCGAUCGUCUGCCCUGAAUGGGUCAACAGAUUCGCUUUCCCCAGCUGGGGCCCCUUUGGUCUUGAGGUGAAUUAUCUCCUCGCGCACCUGAUUCUGUUGCCAGUUACACUCUUCCUCGCGGAGAUGGUCACCAUCUUCAUCGACGAGCCGUGUGUGAAGAUGUUGCAAUGGGCCUACAAGAAAAGCUUAGAAGGCGCCAAAGACGAGGAUUACAAGCCCCCAUUGGGCGUGUGGAACAAGUCUUGA